AUGGCAGUAGAAAAAGUGAAAUCUGCCAGAAAUCUGCCCCAUCUGACACUCCAUGUUCAUACUGAUCUCAAAAUUACACAUGGUAUGGCGGGCCUUCAGAUUCCAGCCACUCGGACUGUGUCUACCUCGGUGGUGAACCACAGUAGUUCAGUUGUUCAAACUUUAUCAAUGCGGCUUAAAUUGGAACACGGCGAGGCGGAAAAAAGGGAGCACGAGGAAUCUGGAUGGUCGGUCAGCAAAGUUCGUGGGAAUGCGUGUCAAAAGGUUGCGGCAAUAUCGCACUCUGAUAUUCGUCCAUACCAAUGUAAAGAGUGCAAUUUUUCAUUCAAAACUAAAGGAAAUUGGACGAAACAUCUCAAUUCCAAAACUCAUCGUAGACGUUUGAUGCAAGGUAAACAUAUCAACGCUUUCCACUUUCUAGUCUGUUUACUUGUUUUCAGUAGUUCGGAUGAUGAAGCCGAUGAGCAUUUGCCUCUUCCUCAGGAGUCCUUUGCCAAUGCUUAUAGAAAGUUUGGGCAAGAAAUAAUUCUCUUUGAACGCACUGCGCAUACACCACCAUCAAGAUGGAUGCUCGUUGAUGGGAAGAUGGAUAUUAGGUGGCCUGAUGCUGAGCGAGUGCGAAACUGUAGUUCAGCUCCACCAUCGGCUGCAAUUUGGUCCUGA